GUGGCAGCUGUCACCUGUAAGGCGAGCACUGAGCACGGGGGAUGGAGCCUGGCGCCCAUUGGACACAAUACAAAGGCAGAAACCUACCCCGAAGGCUGGGGGCCUGGCGGGGCGGAGGCGGUGGGCACGCGAGGCGGCCCCCCGCACCUUCCUCCGGGAGACACCCGGGCUCCACGGCGCGGGCGUGACCAAGGUCCAGGUUCAGGGACACGCCCGUUCCGCCUCGGUGAAAACGUUCAGGUGAGCCUGGCCGAGGAGGAACCUCGCCCCCGGAACCCCCCGCUCCGCUCGUCCCGGCGGGCGCGGAGACGUGCACCUGCCCCGGCAGCCGGGAACCGAGGGCGGGUGGGGAGGCCUUGGCUCCCCUGCCGGGCGGGACUGACCAUGGCGCUGGCCGCCGCCGCCGCCGCCGCCGCCGCCGGGGUGAGCCAGGCGGCGGUGCUGGGCUUCCUGCAGGAGCACGGCGGCAAGGUGCGCAACUCGGAUCUGCUGAGCCGCUUCAAGCCCCUGCUGGAUGCGGGCGACCCACACGGCCGCGCCGCCCGCAGGCACCGCUUCAAGCAGUUUGUCAACGACGUGGCGGUGGUGAAGGAGCUCGACGGCGUCAAGUUCGUGGUGCUGAAGAAGCAGCUGCGGCCCCGGGAGGCACCAGCGCCCCUGCCCUCGUGCGUCCCCGGCACGCCCGGGGCACCAGCGCUGCCGUCGAAGGUCACCUCCGUCUCACCGGGAGAACCGGCCGGCCCGGGGGCUCCAUCCCUGGCCGCGGCGCAGCAGCCGGUGGAACCACGGGAGGACCCGGCCCGGCCGCUGGAGCCACAGGACACGCCCGGGGCUCCGGCCCCUGAGCCCGCUCAGCCGACCGGGGAGCUGUUGUCAGGGCCGGCCUUGCAGGCAGGGGGGCCCUCCGACCCCCAGAUUCCAGCCUUUGAGCUAGCCCUGCCCCCCGAGCGACUCUCGGCAGACGUGGCCCCGCCGUCCAGGUCGCCGUCGGCGGAGGCCUUGCCCCAGGCAGAGGCGCCAGCCCCGGAACCUGGGCGUGGGGCGACCAAAGAAGCGCCUCCAUCCCCUCGGCAAGCGCCGCCGCCCAAGCCCUGCAUGCUGCCCGUGCGCUGCGUCCCGGGCCCCGCCGCGCUCCGGCUCCGGGCCGAGGAGCAGGGCCUGCGCCGGCAGCUGUCGGAAGAGCCCAGCCCGCGGAGCUCCCCGCCGAUGCUGCGGCGGCUGUCGGUGGAAGAGUCUGGCCUGGGCCUCAGCCUGGGCCCGGGCCGCUCCCCGCACCUGAGGCGCCUGUCGCGCGCCGGCCCGCGCCUGCUGAGUCCGGACGCGGAGGAAGUGCCCGCCGCGCCGCCGCCGUCCGCCGUGCCCCUGGAGCCGACCGAGCACGAGUGGCUGGUGCGGGCGGCCGGGGGCUGCUGGACGCACCAGCUGCACGGGCUGCUGCUGCGCGACAGCGGCCUGGCGGCCAAGCGCGACUUCAUAUCUGGCUUCACGGCCCUGCACUGGGCCGCCAAGAGCGGCGACCGCGAGAUGGCGCUGCAGCUGGUGGAGGUCGCGCGGCGCGGGGGCGCGCCGGUGGACGUGAACGCGCGCUCGCACGGCGGCUACACGCCGCUGCACCUGGCGGCUCUGCACGGCCACGAGGACGCCGCCGUGCUGCUGGUGGUGAGCCUGGGCGCGCAGGUGCACGUGCGUGACCACAGCGGGCGGCGCGCCUACCAGUACCUGCCGCCCAGCGCCUCGUACGCGCUUCGCCGCCUCCUCGGCGACCCCUGCCUCCGAGGCUCUCCCGAGGCCGACGCCACCGGGGCUGGUGGGGGCACUUUUGCGGCCCGGCGCCCAGUGCAGGUGGCCGCCACCAUCCUCAGUUCCACCACCAGCGCGUUCCUGGGUGUCCUGGCCGACGACCUGAUGCUCCAAGACCUGGCUCGAGGCAUGAGGCAGUCGGGCUCCUUUAGCAAGUUCUUGGGUGCCUCGCCCAUGGCUCCACGUAAAAAGACCAAGACCCGCAGUGGCCUGCCGGCUUUUUCAGAGAUCUCUCGUCGACCUACUCCGGGGCCCUUGGCUGGCCUGGUGCCCAGCCUGCCCCCUACAACCUGACGGCCCCUUGAAGCCCAGCUUGGUUGACGUAACCCGGCCUGCCCCUCACAGUCUAAGCCUGCCCAAAACAGCGGCUCAACACGUCUGGCUCCAUCCUGUUUCCAGCUUUGUCCACUGAAGCCUACUGACUUAUAGUUUCAGAAAGUCAUGGGCGCCUGGGUGGCUCAGUUGGUUGAGCGACUGCCUUCGGCUCAGGUCAUGAUCCUGGAGUCCCGGGAUCGAGUCCCACGUCGGGCUCCCUGCUCAGCGGGGAGUCUGCUUCUCUCUCUGACCCUCCCCUCUCUCAUGCUCUCUCUCUCUCUAUCUCAUUCUCUCUCUCAAAUAAAUAAAUAAAAUCUUAAAAAAAAAGAAAGUCUUGCCUGCCCUGGUGGGCCUACGCCUCUGGCUUUCUAGCUUCUGCCUGAAGCUUGACCUGUCUCUGGAGAUGGGAGUCAAGAUCUCAGUGAGAGCGCCUACAAAGAACUCCAGAAAUCAGGCUUGAACAUUGGAGACUCGAAUUUUAGGAUCAAAGUUAAGCCGAAGCCUCUGCGUCUACACGCUCCCAAGCCACAACUAGAGCAAGGAUCUCUUUAAAAAAUGUUGUGUGCUGCUGGAUUGUUUGUCAGCUUCAAGAUACCUGGUGGUUUUGUAAUUUGAUGCCUUUAUCCUGUUUUUAAAUUAAAAUGAGGUAAAACAACUUUCAUAAUAACCUUUUGAAAUUAUAUUUUUCCAUUUUUAGGCAAAAUGCUCAUUUUCAGUCUUUUGCUAAGUAUUUUGGAAUUCUAUUUAAAGAAAAAACAGAUGAUCAAGAUCUAAAGGAAAUUAGUCCCAACCAACAAAACCCUUAAAGGUUUAUCUACCUCAUUUUAGGAGCUCAAGGUUCUAGAGACUUGAACACAGAAUGUGACCAUUGUGAAUGUAAUUAAUUUCAAUUGUACUGUGAAUGCUCAAUAUUAGGAAACAAGUGCAUCUUGGGAGUAAGAAUGAUUUAACAGUGAGAGAAAAGAGACAUUUUGGCAAAUACUUUUAAUUUCUGGUUGUCUUUAUGAUGAAAUAUAAACAGUGUCUCCGGCACUGGUGGGUGAUUAUUUUGAUUUGGCAUGAAUAUUUAAUUUUUUAAGUGUGAUUUAUUUGUGAAUGCACCAUUGUGCCAUGUUUUGGAAUCUGGUUUUCCGGUCUGGCUGAGCCUCUCAAUGCAGUAGGUAAAUAUUCAAAGAAAAACAUGUCAUAGCAUUAUACCAGAAAAAUAAGUGGUUAAGUGGAUACACUUAAACAGCAACUAUUUUAUAUGUAAAUUCUAUUCUAUAGAAACAAAAAGUAUGUUAUAUCCACCUUUAAAAGCCAUCUGAAAGCAAACAACUUACAGCAAAUGCAGAAUUCUUUGCUCAGUGACCUUAGAAGGAUGGCUUAACUUCUCUGGACCUUUGUUCCGAUCUGUAAUUGAGAAGGUUUGUAGCUAUUUACCAAGAGGUCCCAGGUUCAACACAUUGUAACUAUAAUAGCUCUUUUUCUGUUUUAAAAAUGGGGACUCUAUUUGCUCAACCAGGCUUUUUAAAAUAUCCUAUUGUGUUAAUGCUCUGUUUUUGCAAAUUAUGUUUGCAUGUCAUUAGUUAUAUCAAAUAGUUUUGUGGCACAAGAGGAGUAUGGCUUCUCUCUCUCUCUCUCUCUCUCUCUCUCUAUAUAUAUAUACCAGUGAGGCCUCUGUCAUUAUUUAAGGCCAUCCUUAAUGGAAUGUUUUGAUUUAAGCAAUGAAAUAAACAAG